AUGCAGAUUGCGGACUUCGCUGAGCCUAUUGCCGUGCCUGGUGGUCAGAUGAAACAAGGAUCAUACCAGCUCAAAUCUGAUGUGAGGGUCAACGUUUUGCCCAGUACUAUGUCAGCAUCGCGCGCUUUCACCGAAGUCCAGUGCUACCACCCUGAUGAAUGUAGAGAAGAUGGCAUUGAAGACCUGAGAUUCGAGAAACUACCACUCAACUAG